AUGAACACUUCCGCGUGUUUUACAGGUUCAAGUGGACAAUCAAUACCGGGGAUGCCUCAACGGGAGGAGGGGCGGCGUCGUGCGCGAGUAGUUUUUAACGACACAUCUCCGCCACUUGUGCCGGCGAUGAUGACACAUCACUGCUCUGGGUGUAGUACUAAUGACAAAACCAUACAGCGUAGUGGUGCUGACGGCCAAUUCGCAUCCCAAUCUGUGAGCUGGGGCUUCGGGUCUGAGACUUCAAAAUCUACCCGUGUCAGUGCAACUCCAUUCACUCCAAAUGGCGAUAGUGAAUCAAACAUAACGGUUGUGAUACGUGUACGCCCUCCGCUACCGCGUGAGCUCAAGGAAAACAGCCGGUACACUGAUGUUGUGCGUGUUUCCAAGGAUCGAUCGUCCAUUACAUUGUGCGAACCAGUUGAUCUGAGUGACAAUAGCGAUGACAACAAAGCUAGUGGUUGCUUUGCAGAAGUUUACGCGACACAAACCUUUACGUUUGAUUACGUGCACGACAGAUAUGAUCUGCAACGGGAUGUGUAUGAGCGGAGUGCCCGUAGUGCCGUCCUAUCCGUCGUGGAGGGUUAUAACGCUACCUUGUUGGCGUAUGGGCAGACGGGUGCGGGAAAAACAUACACAAUGGAGGGGUUUGCUGGAGAGGAGCAGCAUGGCAUCAUUGCCCGUGCUGUAGAGGAAAUCUUCAGUAUUAUGGACGAUAGUCGGUGUGGCAAUGUGGAUUACACCAUCCGAGCGUCGUAUAUGCAAAUAUACAAUGAGGUUAUAUCUGAUUUAUUAAAGCCACCGGGGGAGGAGGCACCACGGUCGUUGGUGGUGCGGCACACAACGCGGAGCGGUGUUCAUGUUGAUGGCCUCUCGGAAUGGAAUGUGUGUAGUCCACGGGACGUGUAUUACCUUAUGGAGCGCGGUACCUCAAGACGUGCCACGGAAGCAACCCGCAUGAGCGAAUUGUCCUCUCGCUCACACGCCAUUUUCAUCCUUACGGUGGAAACUGUAAAAAAGGACCCGGUAACUGGUUCGGUAUCUUCUCACCGCGUGGGAAAGUUGAACAUUGUGGACCUUGCCGGGAGCGAGAAGGUACGACAAUCAGGCGUAAGCGGGCAACGACUGGAGGAGGCGAGGUGUAUUAACAAAUCCUUACACGAACUCGGCAACGUCAUUUCGGCACUAGCUCAACGGAAGAGUUGUGGAAAAGACAACAAGGACGGUGGUGCAUCGCGUAGUUCCCAUGUUCCCUUCAGAAAUUCUGUGCUCACGAGUGUGCUGCGGGACUCCCUUGGCGGUAACUGUAAGACCACUCUCAUUGUGUGUAUUUCACCUGCUCUGGAGUCCCAUGCGGAAACUCUCUCAACACUUUUGUUUGCCAAUCGCGCCAAAAACAUACGAAAUACCGCCGUUAUUAAUGAAGACACCCAGCACGAGAGGCAGCGGUCUCUACCGGGGCAGCAAGAUGCGAUGCAACUGCAGUCACAGCAGGGGUUAGAUGUUGGGCUCCUGUCAGAGUUGCAGCAGAGUGUCCGCCGUGCGGAGGAGGAGCGUGAGGAGGUUGUGGAAGCACUGCAAAGGUCUCUGUGUGCUCAUCAACACGAGCAAGCUGUUCGCAUGCAGCUGCAACGGCGACUGGAGGAACUAGAAGCGAUUCUACGUGAUAGCAGAGGGAAUGAAGCUGGCAAUGGCGGCUGUGAAGAGCACGUCGACCCAGAGGAAUAUAUGCUUGGUCUUGAGGAGAUUCACCACCAAUGGCAGGUGCUUCAAGAGGAGGCGAUGCUGAGCCGGUAUAACGAGUUGCUCGUCAAACACAGGGAUAUUGUUGUGGACCUUACGUCGAAGCUCAGUGAAAGAGAUGAAAUUAUUCGGAAUUUGAAGGAAGAGUUAAGCACUCGUGAAAGCUCUGAAGGGUUAACGGAAAGUGCGAAUGACUCGGUGCCGCCGCUGGUUUCCCCUGGUGAAGGAGUUGGCAAAUCCUCCACUGCUCUUUCAAGGGAGGAGGCGGAAAACUGCCUGCGACGUCUUCGUGUGCCGAAGCCGCGUCGUGAUGGAAGUGGUACCGAUAUGUGGUACCGAUCGGACACCAAUCCCUCGGUGUUGCUACCACCAGAUGAGAAGAUAUUGGAGCUACUGACAUUCAAUCACACUAAAAUUCAGGAGGUUGUGGCACCACAACUGGACACGGAGUCGCGGAGGGAAGCAGCAGAGACGUAUGUGACCGGUGGUCUGAAGGACCAGUUGGCGAAAGUUGUACAGGAAGCUGUUGAAAGAAUUGCCCACCAGCAGGUGAGCAGUUACUUCGGGAAACUUUCGCACGCCGUGAAGGACAAGGAAUUGCAGUUGCUUGCACUAAGAAAAGAUUACAGCACCCUUGGUAGGUUAAUGGAUGCGUCAAGGGCUCAGCAGUUGCCAGAGGCGCUGGAGGCCAUUUCGUACACCCGGCGGUACUUCGACGGACAACAAGAGACGGUACGCAAAGCUUAUGAGGGCUCAAUAGAGAUGUUGCGGCGACAAUUAGCGGAGAAAGAGGAGAAACUUUUGCAUUUGUCUGGCGAGAUAGACGUCAUGCGUGUUGAAUCUCAGAAAGCCUUAGAAUACUGCACGUCUGCACUGCAACGGGAGGAGCUUAGCGAAGUCUGUGUAGCGCUGAAGUUGCUUCAGGAUCACGUGGCAGGCGAGGCGAAGCGUAGCGUGGAGAGGGCAGUGGAGUGCGCUGCGGAUGCAUGUAAAGGGGAAACUCACGUCGGCGCCUCUUCAAAUCCUGACACUGGUUUCAAGGGUGUUGAGUUGAACCCUGCCUCUUCACCAGAAGAGAGAUUUGCUUCAGCCACUGCAGUUCAGUCGUUGGAGGCGCAGUUGCUCGACUUGCGUAGUGCUCACUCGAAACGUGAAGAGGAGUGGCGCCGCACGCUGCAGGAGAGGGAUAAUGAGAUAUCGGAGUUGCUCACCAGGUUGAAUGAUGCAAAGGGCGAAGACGUCCGUGGAAAGGACGCAGAGAUCAGCUUUCUCAAGAGGUCUGUGGAAAUGCAGAAAAAGGACCGCCGUGCAUUGCAAACAAUAAUGGAGCAGCGUAUCAAACCUAAAGUAGAUUCAAUUUGUAAGUCCCUUGAGGAGGGGAUACACCAGCAGCGUGGGGAGGAAUGCAAGCGUUUGUGCACGGAGGCUCAGGCACUGCAGGGUUUGGUGUCUGCUGCAGUGAAGGCGAUGCAGUCAUGA